AGUGCAAACUGUCAGGAAAUGUCCAACACAAAUGGCAGUGCAAUCACAGAAUUCAUUUUACUUGGGCUCACAGAUUGCCCGGAACUCCAGCCUCUGCUUUUUGUGCUGUUUCUGGUUGUUUACCUCGUCACCCUGCUAGGCAACCUGGGCAUGAUAAUGUUAAUCAGACUGGACUCUCGCCUUCACACGCCCAUGUACUUCUUCCUCACUAACUUAGCAUUUGUGGAUUUAUGCUAUACAUCAAAUGCAACCACGCAAAUGUUGACUAAUAUCAUAUCUGAGAAGACCAUUUCCUUUGCAGGUUGCUUUACACAGUGCUACAUUUUCAUUGCCCUUCUACUCACUGAGUUUUACCUGCUGGCAGCAAUGGCCUAUGACCGCUAUGUGGCCAUAUGUGACCCUCUGCACUACAGUGUGAAAAUGUCCAGGAGAGUUUGCAUCUGCUUGGCCACAUUUCCCUAUGUCUAUGGCUUCUCAGAUGGACUCUUCCAGGCCAUCCUGACCUUCCACCUGACCUUCUGUAGAUCCAAUGUCAUCAACCACUUCUACUGUGCUGACCCGCCGCUCAUUAAGCUUUCUUGUUCUGAUACUUAUGUCAAAGAGCAUGCCAUGUUCAUAUCUGCUGGCUUCAACCUCUCCAGCUCCCUCACCAUCAUCUUGGUGUCCUAUGCCUUCAUUCUUGCUGCCAUCCUCCGGAUCAAAUCAGCAGAGGGAAGGCACAAGGCAUUCUCCACCUGUGGUUCCCAUAUGAUGGCUGUCACCCUGUUUUAUGGGACUCUCUUUUGCAUGUAUAUAAGACCACCAACAGAUAAGACUGUUGAGGAAUCUAAAAAAAUAGCUGUCUUUUACACCUUUGUGAGUCCAGUACUUAAUCCAUUGAUCUACAGUCUGAGGAAUAAAGAUGUGAAACAGGCCUUGAAGAAUGUCCUGAGAAGAAAUAUGGUCAUGACCGUGGUGAUAACUUUGUUUCCUAAUAAACAUUAACUUGAAAUCUUUGGCUCAUAUGU